AUUUUUUAUUCACUCCGAAUAUAGCGUUUGGCAACUUCCUGUUUCGAACUUUUUGCAAUUAGUGAAGUAAAAUAGUUAUUUAAUGUGUUAGCUGGCCGUUGUCUACUCAGAAAUACCAAAAUGCCGGAAAUGCCAAAGCUGCAUCUAGAGGAUGCACUUGAAGACAGUCCUCAGACAAGGAAUCUUCUAUCAGUGUUUGAGAAAGAUGCAAUGGUGUUGAAGAAAUACAGCGUAGGACUACACAACUGUUGUCAGAGGGUAAUGAGUGCACAGAAUGAGCUGUGUGCAGCUACCCAAUCCCUAUCACAACAUUUAAGGAAUUAUGAACUUCAGAAAUUUCCAUUAGAAACAGAGAACAGUAUAUUGACAUCAACAUUGGAACAGUUUGCAGCAUAUUUAGAUAAUAUUAGUUCACUACAGCAAGUGUUAUCAGCACAGUUCUCUGAAACAAUGAUGUAUCCAAUGACAAAAGCUAUCCAGGCUGACCUAGAUGAAAUCUCAACAAUGUAUGAAAUGUUCCAAAUAGCAACUCAUGAACAUGAGCAUGCUAUGAUAAAAUUUAUGAAAAUUCCAAAGAAGAAAGAUUGUCAGGAUGCCAACGAGGAGCUGUAUAUGAUGCGAAAAAAAUAUCACCAGACUUCUUUGCAUUACUAUUCUGCCUUAAAUGCAUUACAAUACAAGAGGAAAUGUUUCCUUCUGGAGCCGAUAAUUGGUUACCUACAUUCACAGAGGGCUUAUUUCAGCAUGGGACAAGAAACAGUUUGUAAACCAGAGAUGGAGGAUUUUCUGCAAAAUAUCAGUACAAGUAUUCAGGGAGUACAGUCGGAGUUACAGGUAGAAACAAAGAAGACAGUUGACUUGAUAGACAGCCUGGAACAACAAAGUUUACACAUGUAUCAUGCUGAACCCCCUAUCAACAUGCCUUACAUACCACCCAAUAUCAAUCUAGCUCAAAAAUCAGGAUACUUGUUCCUACGAAGUAAACAGUUGAUUGGUAACAAGUGGGACAGAUGUUUCUUCUUUACGCAAGGUGGAAAUUUGAUGAGUCAGUCGAGAGAUGAGGUUGCUGGUAGUCUUGUCCUGGAUCUCAAUGACGAGGGCGUGUUUGCUGAACCGACAGAUGCUGAUGACCGAAGAAAUGUCUUUCAAAUUUCUACCGCAAAACAUCGAAGAAUGGUUGUGUUGCAAGCUGAAAAUGAGAGAGAAAGAGAUGAGUGGAUUUCUACAUUAAACAAUGUGGUUAGAGACAGCGGGUUUGUUCGAGGAGGGAAAGUGCCAACCACAUCAACAAAUUUAAGGAAACCCGUUGGAAAAGCAGCCCAGUCAUUUCCCGGGAAAUUUGGGAAAAUUUUUUAUGUAUUAAAUAUAAGAUAUUGUUUUACCAUACAGGUGCGGGGAGAGAGUACAUCUAGUCAAAAAUCAUCUGCUUCAAAUACUUCACCAGAACAGGAAAGCUGUGGUAAAGCUAUGAGUGAGACCCAGUCUGCGGCGCCAACUCCGUCAACGGGGCCAAACAGCCCCUACCUGCCAGACACACCUAUACAGUUUGACCUUUGUUCGCCAGAGGAUCAAAAUGGGGCGACAGUGAAUAAGUCAGGACCUCCAAAGAGAAUAAAUCCUUUUGACCAAUCAGCAACAGAUGUGAUAGAUGCCUUAGAUGAAGCUAUAGACAAUGCUGCAUUCAUAGAAAGUUUUCUUGUUAGAUUUCUGGGCUCUAUGGAAGUCAAGCAAGAUAGAGGAGAAAAAUUGGUGCAUGAGACAAUAAGACAAAUAAUGGCUGCUCGUGCAAUACAUAAUGUGUUUAAAAUGACAGAAUCAAGGAUGGUUGUAUCUAGUGAAUGUAUGAGAUUGAUAGAGCCUUCAAACAACACUGUCAGGGUACAGUUUGCCUUAGAGGACAUAUCAUAUUGGGCAGCACAUCAUGAAAACAAUAGGUUGUUUGGUUUUAUAACAAGGAAUAAAGGAGAAGGGUCGUAUGCCUGCCAUGUGUUUGAGUGUAAUGUCUCCGCAGGAGAGAUUUGUAAUGCAAUAGGUACAGCAACGAAAAUGGCUUUCCAUGCUUUAAUGGAGAAGAAGGCUACAGAGAAAAUUAGGUCAUUAAAAGAUAAAGAGAAGGAUGAGGGUAAAGAUGAGAACUUGUUACUUGCCAACAUAAACCAAUUGGAGGAUAAAGAGGAGGAAGAAGAGAGCUUGCUGUCGUCUAAUUUACCGUUAAGUAGUGACAAAAACUACAUGAAACUGUCUGCUGAAGAUGAACAAGAUAUGAUGGAUGAAAUGGAUCGAGAGAUGAGUACACUUGACCUUAAACCAGAUUCACCGAGGACGCCUGCUGCAGAAAAUGGAGGGAAAAGUGAACAGAAAAAAGAAGAGGACUUAGAGUCAAAUGCUUGAUAUGAAAAAACAGUUUGAUUUGGUUGGAGUACCAAAUAAUAGACUUAACUCUAGAGAAAUCACAUCAAAUGUGGAAUAUUUGUGAAGAAAAAUCAUGUGCAACUUCAUUACAGCCAAUCAGAGCAGCUUUUACAUCAGAUGUGGAGAUUUUUUUGGCUAAAUGAGAUAUGUUUUCAGUCUGAGCUUUAUUCUUAAGCUCUCAUUGAUUUUUUUGUGGGGUGGAGGCUUUAAUUGCUAGAUUCAUUUUUACUGCAUUUUAUUUGCUGCAGUCAUUAUUUUCAUAUGCUGUAAUUGCUUAAAUAUUAGCAAAGGAAAGGUCAAGGUUUAUAACUUUGUAUCAUGAACCAGUCUCAUAACUCAUAAUCUGAUUGGGUAAUAUUGAGCACAUAUUUGAAAUUGACCAAUGAAAGAACGUACUGCUCUAGACUGGUCUACCAUUUCAGUUGAAAUCUUACGCACUUACGCUUAACUACUUAAAUUUACAAAAAAUGAUAAUAAAUUAUGCUAUUACUUCAUAGAAGUAAUUUAUAUUAAGUCAUUAUUGUAAUUCAUUGCAAUAUGUUUGUAAGAUAUGUUGAAAGCUUAGAAAUAGGUAGAUAAUUCAAGAUAUUUUUUGUUGUUUUGCUAGAUCAUUUUAUUUUGUUUGAACAAAUAUUUAUAGACGUGAUACUUUAAGUUUUUAGAUGUGAUAUGUAAUAAAUUACAAAAUGGAGGACAAACAGAGUAUGUUAAGGGAGAUAAGGUAUUGUUUUAGCAUGUAUUUUUUGUAUUUUUCCAUGUACUAUGGUCCCAAUAAGAAAGUUGUUUUUAUAUUCAUGACUGCUUUGAUGUACAAAAAUCAGGUAAUGUCCAGAUUUCCGAAAAUAAUUAUUGUAUGUGGCCUUUAAUUAUACUCAUACAAAUCCUAAUAACCACAUUGAUAUGAAAAAUAAGGAUUCACUUAAGAGUUUCUGUUUUAAUACUUGAUAUAUUGAAUACAGUAGAAGUGGAGUAGGUUACUCCAAAGGGAGGCAAAUAUUAUUUAAAUAAUAUACAAAAUAAAAUUUUCAUAACUAAGCAAGAAAAAGAUGUUAGCAAAUUUUGAUAAUUAACAUGAAAAUGAUUAGAACAAUGUUUAAAAAAACUCACUUGUUCAUUGUUUUACAUGAAACUUGAUGUUUUAUUAACCACUGAAGAUGUUUAGUUGAAACUUUUUACAAUUAUGACAAUAAUUUAGUCAUAAUUAUUGAUAUAUAAACAGGAACCAUAACUGCAGUUACUGUGUAACACCCCUUUAUUUCUCGGAGGUUCUGUUUAUUAUAAAACUCUGAGAAAAGUAAAAAAUAUGUUCUCAUUACAGCGUUUGUUAAAAAAUGGUCGCUUCAACAACUGUCAAAGCACCUAAAAUGAAAGGUGUCUGCAUAAUUAUGUUAUGUUUAUUUUAUUACUUACUCUUCAAACAUGUGAUAAUUGUGCAGGAUUUGUAUUAUACUGCAUGGUUCUUCCUUGUACAUGUGAAUUACCCACCCCUCCCCUCAUUUAUAUAUUAUUACCUGGUAUUUAUUUGUAAAAUAUUAUAUAAAAAUGUAUCAAAUAUUUGUACAAUUGAUCAUAAUAUAAACUUGAUCUUAUUAAAUUUAAGUUACCUGCAACUACUCGGUAUAUUUUGAUAUACAUGUAUAUAUAAUUUGGGGAAAAAAGUGCUAUGCAGAGCUUGGAAAAUAUAUAAAUUGUAAAUAGACACAAUCAUUUAUAUUCAUACUCUAUGUAAAGUUAAAAAAGAGUUUAUCACAAAUAUUUUUGUGAAUACCAGUAUUUUGAUAUGUUGUGUCACAAUAAUAAAGAAAUUACUGUAAAACUGUAUAGGUAUAUUUGAAUCUUUCAUUCCAGCAUUUUUAGCUCACCUGUCACAAAGUGACAGGGUGAGCUUUUGUGAUCGCUUUUCGUCCGGCGUCCGUCCGUCCGGCGUCCGUCCGUAAACUUUUACUUUAAAUGACAUCUUCUCAUAAACCACUAAGCCAAUUUCAUCCAAACUUCACAGGAAUGUUCCUUUGGUGGUCACCUUUAAAAAUUGUUCAAAGAAUUUAAUUCCAUGCAGAACUCUGGUUGCCAUGGCAACCGAAAGAAAAAACUUUAAAUAUCUUCUUUUAAAAAACCAUAAGAGCUAGAGCUUAGAUAUUUGGCAUGAAACGACUUCUAGUGAGUGUCUACCAAGUUUGUUCAAAUAAAAGCCCUGGGGUCAAAAUUGGCCCCGCCCCGGGGGGUCAUUGAUUUUCCCUAUAUGCAUAUAGUAAAAACUUAAAAAAUCUUCUUUUAAAGAACCCAAAGAGCUAUAGCUAAGAUAUUUAGCAUGAAACAUGUUCUAAUCGGUGUCUACCAAGUUUGUUCAAAUAAAAGCCCUGGGGUCAAAAUUGGCCCCGCCCCGGGGGGUCAUUGAUUUUCCCUAUAUGCAUAUAGUAAAAACUUAAAAAAUCUUCUUUUAAAGAACCCAAAGAGCUAGAGCUAAGAUAUUUAGCAUGAAACAUGUUCUAAUGGGUGUCUACCAAGUUUGUUCAAAUAAAAGCCCUGGGGUCAAAAUUGGCCCCACCCCAGGGGGUCAUUGAUUUUCCCUAUAUGCAUAUAGUAAAAACUUUAAAAAUCUUUCUUCUUUUAAAAAACCAAAAGAGAUAGAGCUAAGAUAUUUAGCAUGAAACAUGUUCUAAUAAGUGUUUACCAAGUUUGUUCAAAUAAAAGCCCUGGGGUCAAAAUUGGCCCCGCCCCGGGGGGUCAUUGAUUUUCCCUAUAUGCAUAUAGUAAAAACUUAAAAAAUCUUCUUUUAAAGAACUCAAAGAGCUAGAGCUAAGAUAUUUAGCAUGAAACAUGUUCUAAUUGGUGUCUACCAAGUUUGUUCAAAUAAAAGCCCUUGGGUCAAAAUUGGCCCCGCCCCGGGGGGGUCAUUGAUUUUCCCUAUAUGCAUAUAGUAAAAACUUAAAAAAUCUUCUUUUAAAGAACUCAAAGAGCUAUGGCUAAGAUAUUGAGCAUCAAACAUGUUCUAAUAGGUGUCUACCAAGUUUGUUCAAAUAAAAGCCCUGGGGUCAAAAUUGGCCCCGCCCCAGGGGGUCAUUGAUUUUCCCUAUAUGCAUAUAGUAAAAACUUUAAAAAUCUUCUUUUAAAGAACUCAAAGAGCUAUAGCUAAGAUAUUUAGCAUCAAACAUGUUCUAAUAGGUGUCUACCAAGUUUGUUCAAAUAAAAGCCCUUGGGUCAAAAUUGGCACCGCCCCGGGGGUCAUUGAUUUUCCUUAUAUGUGUAUAGCAAAAACUUAAAAAAUCGUCUUAGAAAAAACCCAAAUAGCUAGAGUUAAGAUAUUAAGCAUGAAACAUCUUCUAGUGAGUGUCUACAAAGUUUGUUCAAAUAAAAGACCUGGGGUCAAAAUUGGCCCGGCCCCAGGGGUGUCAUUGUUUUUAACUAUAUGUGUAUAGUAAAAACUUAAAAAAAAUCUUCUUUUAAAAAGCCCAAUGAGCUAGAGCUUAGAUGUUUAGCAUGAAACAUCUUCUUAUGGGUGUCUACCAAGUUUGUGCAAAUAAAAGCCCUUGGGUUAAAUUGGCCCUGCAACGUUGGGGGGGGGGUGGGGGGCCUAUAUACAGGUGAGCGACCUCAGGGCCAUCAUGGCCCUCUUGUUAUAUUAUUGAUUCCAAAUAAUUUUCAUAUUUACUUAGUUUUAAAUGGGAUGAUUUUAUAUUCGAACAUACAAAACAGUGAGAACAGCCUUUCUGAUACAAGAUUGUUCUGUUGGAUAAAAAUACUUUAUGACUUUUUCAUUGGAGCAGAAAGUUAUAAAUUUGAAAUAAUACUUUUUUGUACAAAAUUUAAACACUGACCUUGCCAGAUUGUCUUAAAGAAAUGCUCUUUAUGGAUAGUGCAAUAUAAUGUUUAAGCAGUCUUGUUUGGGUGAAAAUUUUCAUUACAGACUAAAAUUUGUUUUUAUAAUUGAUACAGUAGUCAUUUGCCAGGAAUCUGAACUGUUGGAAUUAUAAGAAAAUAUUUAAUCAGAUUCACGUAAGCUAAAUUCUUGUACAUCAGAUUUUCAGUAAGAGAAGAUAACAAAUUUUAUGAUUCAAUUUUUUGCAUCUUUAUUUGUAUGGAAAUACAGGAUACAGAUAAAAAUGUGCUGAGCUUUGCCUUGAGAUGUUGUUGUUUUUUUUAAUAAGUCAAUAUUUUGCGGGCAUUAUCAAAAAUAAAUGUGUUGUUAUAUUUCUUGCACCUGCUUUUAACUUAAAUGAUUAUGGGUGAAGCAUAUACACAUGUAGUUGCCUGUUAAAUCUCCCAUCUGUCUGUUUCUCAGAACAUGUUUCUUGGUGUAGACAGAAACACAAACAAGCGCUUAUAUAUUUUAUUAAUCUAAUAACAACUCAUCCAUACAGUGGUAAUACCUAUAAUACUGUUACAGAACACCUGUUACUUAUUAUUUGAAAGAUAUUUAACAUUGUCCUGUGUGUUGAUACCUCCAGUGGACCUUUCCUUAUUGUAAGGUGUCAGGUCAGCUAGGUCAAGGUCACUUAGGCUAAUUAUAGAUUUUCCUACUUUUCCAUUAUUGUACUACGGCAAUGUUUUGGAACAUUGCCAAGAUGACAUAACAGGAGCAUCCUUUACUUACAAAUUAUAUUUAUUGUUUUGUUAUUAAUGGUAAUGAAAUGUUCAAGAAACAAAUGAUUUAUUAUUUACAUCAUGAUUUACAAUUUUGUAAACAUUGUUACAGGUUUGUUAAAAAAUAAAACUUUGGUAAGGGAUAUUUGAUCUCUGUAGACACGUUAUACAUGUACAUAUCUCAGCCCAUCAUUUCCUUUAUAUAUUUGAUUGGUCAACUAAUUUUAGCAACUUCACUAGCAGUUCUCUUUAUAUUUAUAAAAUUUCCUUUAUUUGUGAUGUAAUGUCUAGCAACAAAAUUUACAUCUGGAGUUAUUAUUAUCAUGAAGAAAAGCCCAGCUUUGAUAUUUUUUCUUCAUUUUGUGCCAUAAGUUUUAUUUAUGUUUUUAGAAUUUUUUUCCCUCCAUUUUUUUUUUCAUUUAGAAAUUGCUUUAUUUAUUAGGGAAUAAACUUGUAAGUGCUUGAUGUAGCUUAUUUAUUGUUUUCAUUUUUUAUUUCAUCAUUUCCACAUUAUAAACUGUUGGUAGGACAAUUAUCAUAAAAAACUUGAAGGUCUUUUAUAGACAAAAUUAAUGUACUAUUAAUACUAUUAUUUAAGAUAUAGAAUUGAAUGUUUUGAAAGUGUAGAAUGAAAUGGCAAGUAUCUUUUAGCAGUGAAUUGUAUAUUUUACAAGAAAUUCAUAGAAAGAUUAUACAAGUUUAGAAAUAAACUGGAUGAAAAGGAAGAAUUCAAAGAAACCGCACGUCAGGUAUAGAAAUAGAUACAGGGAAAAAAAGGAUACAUUUACUCUUUGUUCACAAAACAAAAUAGUCAUACACUCAUGUUGGUGUGGCUCAUUUGGAUAUGUGCAACCAUGUGAUAUCAAAUAAACAUUGUGUUAGGGGAAAAAUGUUUGUAUAUGAUAUGUCGGAAUGUAAGUUAUAUGGAAAUCCUGAACCCCUUCUCCUCCUCUUGUAACUAUUUGUGAAGAUUUGGUUUUGUUUUAAAUGAUUUCCUAUUAAAUAUUGCCACUUGUUAUAUAUUUUUUCACGCUAUUUUGUGAUAUAUUUGUUGCCAGACUGCUUUUGUAAAGCUGAUGUAUUAUACACAAGUGGUGCUUGCUCAUAAAGCAUUGAAACCUGCUGUUUAUAGAAUUUGAAAAUUUUAUACCAGUCAUAUGACUGUCCUAUCAUUGGCUGUUUUCUUAUCUGAGAUUUUUUAAUUAACCAAUCAGGAACAUUGAAUAUUUUACUGGGUAAAAUUACUUUGGGUCCAGGAUACAUCUGUGCAUGUUUCUAAACUCGAAAUUUUACUGUUUCUUGUUUAAAUGUUAAAUUCUGUUUGAGUGGAAGCUAGAAGGUUACAUGGAUGUUAAACUUCACUACAAUUAGCACAGUCCAUUAACAAGUGUUAUCAAAUCAAGCCUGCAAGAUUUUCAAUAUGCUGUUUUUGGCUUUCUUUAUUGUUUCUUUUAUUUUUAGCAAAUAAUUUUGUUUCAGAAAAGAUAUAUUAUUAAUUGUUAAUUCUUGGAUGAUAAGCUGUUGUUAAAGAAUUUAAUAAUAAUAAACAAGUUUGAGUAGUACUCUCAUAGAAUGACUUUUAAACAUAUAUAUACUUCAUUUAAUUAUCAUAAAUGUACAAUUAUGAUGUCCAUAUUUUACAUGCUUUAUGAUCUAUUGAGAAUGGCUGAAAACUAGAUUACAAAAAAUAACAUUAUACAGAAAAAUAGUUGACACUUUUGGAAGGUCAGAAAUAAUAAAAGAUUCUUUUAUUACAAACAUUUUUGUGUUUGUGUGUGAUUAAGAAAAACUUAUGUUUUGUAAACUAUUUUUCAAAUGUCAAAUAUAUAUAUUUGGCACAAAAAAAAAUUGAAAAUGCAAAACAUCUAGAUAUAUGAGAUAAAGCUAGGGUUUGUUAUUCUAUAUUACUUCAUAGACCACUGUACUAAACUCUGCCCUGUUAUGAAUAAGGGUUAAACAAAUAGUGAAAGCAUUUCUUUUUUCUUCUUUGAAAACUGUCUUUGCUUUUUAAGUU